UCUUAUAAGCAAGAUAGCUGAAGCAAAGAACAAACUGAAUACACGGGUAUUUUAGCUAGAGGAUUGUCUGGUCUUGCCUUUGGAUGGGAGCUGCUUGUUCAUGCCGCCCGUACUCAACCCCACCCUGAUUUGGAUUAGUGCCUUCAGUUCAGUCAUAAGUGCAUGAAUAUCCUCAUAUUUCUUCCAAAGAUAACUGUGUGUGUGUUUUUGCACUCUGUUUUGGAACGCUUGAUAUUGGCUGCAAUUAUAGAUGGCUAGGGAGAAAUUCUACUCCCCCAUCUCAGUCCAUUCACUCUGAGUGUUUUACAGUAUUGUUUUGCAUCUCAAAAAAGUGAGUCAAAUUAUGCAUAACAUCAGUUACAGAUACAGAGCAAAUACACCCAGUUCUCUCGGCUGCAUAAUAAAAAAUGAUCUCCAUAAAUUUCUCACUGGCCCUGUUCGUUUUACUGUGGGAUUUACUAUCGCAUUAAAGUGCAAUGCUGGCAUUUCAGCAGUUUCACUACGUUCUUGUGAGCUUUGCAAAAAAAAAUGUUGAAAGCUUCUAUUAAUGCAUGCUGUUUUAGUGAUUGAGCUGCAGGGUUUAAAUAUAAAUUAUUCACUCCUCACUGUUUUUGGUGGCGUGAACGCUAGAAGUGGAGAGACGUGCCCAGUGUUAGCUGUGGAAGUUAUGAAUGCUGAAUGAAUGUUCAAAGAGAGAGCUGUGUUCGUAGAGGUGGAGGAGGAGGAGCGAGGCUCUCCUGAAGCUUGCCUGCAGAAGUGUCGCGUGGCUACGGUCGAUGAGUCUGGCAGCCACAGCUGCUUCAAAUCAACACUCCCCAGAAAUAAGCACAAAGAGCUCCCUCAUCUUCGGCAGUGCAGACCCUUUUUCCCCUCUUCUAUCAUUGCAUCGUUUCCUCCCUCACUCGUGUACUGCUCCUGGUGAAGGGUGCCGUCACUGCUACUCCCCUGGCUCACUUGUUUACCCGUCCUCAUUUUAGUUUAAUUCAAUUCAUUAAUCAUUUUUUCCUGGGUCAGGGUUGUGUAUCCUUCCUUGUUAACACUGGGCAUGAGAGAGGAAUACACCCUGAAUGGGCAAGUUUUUAACAUACGAUUAGAUUAACAUUAUGGUCCCUGGAGGACUAGUGGUUAGUCCACGGCGCUCUCAUCUCUGCAGCCUGGGUUCGAUUUCCGGCCAGGGAACCUACCCCAGCCACUGGGGUUGCACGGGGCAGUGCACUCCCAGUGCCGGUCUCAGGCCCGGAUGAAAUUGGGGAGGGUUGCGCCAGGAAGGGCAUCUAGUGUAAAAACUGUGCCAAAUCAAAUAUGCGGACCAAUGAUCUGCUCUGGCGAUUCCUAACGGGAGCAACCCAGAAGAAGAAGAAAACAAAUAUAAAGCAAAAGGGAUUUGAAUAUGGGUAGGAAAAGGUUGCUGAUGCUUCAAGUUCCACAGUUGGUUCCACAGUUGCUAUGACGUUCUCUACAGUGUGAUCAAUUGACUUAUUUUUGUUUAUCUGUGUAUGUAUAUAUGAAAUAUAUCAGCAUCUAUGUUAGCAUAGUUGCCCUGUGAUGACCAUAUGCAGAUACAUUGUACUUUGUAUUUACACAUGGCAUGGACACCAUAAUUGACAUAAUAUUCAUGUAGUCAUUUGGCUAAAUAAUCAGUCCUUCUGGUCCACAUCAGAGCAGCACUUGGAUGUUCAUUUGAAGCUGUCGAAGCCAAGGUCAAAGGUCAGUGCUUGGGGAAUGUGAGCAUUGCAAAACUUGGCCAAGAAAGUGUGAGGAACAUGCUGUCCUGUGUUGAGAGCUGUAGUAAAUCUGAUAAAGUGCUCGACAAGUGGGGGCUGUUGCCCGGGAGGAGCAGGAGACACGUGUACCUGAGCAGUGUUAAGGGUCAGAGAGCUUCCUUUAUUUCAUUAAAAGUGCUAGUAUUAAAAAAAGACAAAAAUGUUAAGCUCAUGUUCUAGUAUCUGGAGCAUAACGUUGUUCAAAAUGACAGCAGUGAGUUUGGUAUUUCCUGUCUGUGUUUUAUUCCUUACUCAAUAGUUUCAAGCAAAAGCAUGGUAGGUAAAGUAGGUAAUAUGUGUUUAUUGAUACUUGAUUAAAGGUGGCAGUCAGUGAUUUUUAAGCCAGUAGAUGUUUGUGUAAUUUUUGGCAAAUUAAUCUUAUAAUUUUAGCAGAUAUCAUUAAAAUAUCUGUUUAAAGGAAAAAAAAAACUCAGGGGUCUGGCACCCAAGGUCCUGUCAACAGGAUUUAAAGAAAAAAAAGCAUACAACUGAACAGGACAAGGUGUGUCUAUUUGCCUGUCAGUCAUGUUGUUUAGCCUAGGCAGUGGUUUGCGAGUAUGUGUUUCAGGGAUGUAGCUUUGGAAGAAACACCAAACUGUAUUGAGCUUUAUGCCUACAGUUGUGUAUGUUCUAAAAAAUACGUUUAGAAUUUAUUAAGAAUUUAGGAAUUCAUACAUUCUUGAUAUCGGGAUGAGACAUGCUAUUAUUAUUAAGCUAUUUUAACUAGCAUAAAUGUGAAGGAAAUGUCUAGCAUACUGUGUUGAAGGUGACAUGUUGUGACUCAGGGAGUACAAUCAUUCUCCAGACAAUUCUCAUAUUGCGUUAUCUACUGCUAAUUCUUUAGGGAUAAGACAACUUUGUAACUGACUUAAUCAGAGCAGAUUGUUGUUGGCAUCUCCAAGAAUAAACAGGAAGUGUUUGUUUCAGUUGGGAGGCAUAGGGUUAAAUUAGAUGAAGUUACUGUUCAGUCUGUAAAGACAUGAUCUUCCUAUACCACAGGCUAGAGCCUAAUUUAAGGACGGGAUCUAGAUUGUAGCCCAAAUCACAAAAACUGGACUCCAUCGAUGCUUCCUGUAAUGUCGUCAAUAGAAGAAUGUCUGUCUUUGAUUUCAUGAUGAUAACCAUGUAUUGUUAACUUCCUUUUUCUGGUGAUUGCUAAUUUCAGAUGAAAAUGACAACACUAAACUGUUUUUCAGCUUUUUGUAAACACAUUGCUGAGAUUAUUCCCUCUGACAGCUGUUUACACAUGAUAUGCCUUCCUAGCAGAAGCUUCAUGUAAACACUUCCUAUUUGUCCACAGCCAUGUGAGUUAAUCAAGUGGCUAGGCACGUAGCACACUCAUUAAUCCCCACGUCUUCAGACAAGGUCCGCUCAUUUCAAAGCAUUUUGGAUCAACAGGACCCCAAGGUCAUCCACGAGAUCAACGGAGGUCAUGAUUUGAGACAUGCACCUGUUUCUUGGGACUCCUUGUUAUACAGAAGAUGACUUGCAGAUGUGGCAUCAGAAGAAAUGUAAUACACAGGUGUCUGCAGACAUCCAGCCAUGAACCAAGCUCAAGUUUCCACUCGUCUUGUAACUGCAACACAAAUCUGCACUUUAUGAAUGUUUGAUAUGGAGCUUAACAAACGAUGUUUCUACACAUGGAACACUUUAGAACCUGUGUGCCUUUACUGCGCUUAUAAAAGAAAGGUUGAAAGUAACCUUGGUAAAGUACACCACCAUCAAGAUGGUCCUUUGGUGUUUGUUAAAGUUCCAUUGAUCAGUGGUAUGAAUAUCAUGCUGCUUGACCUGUGUAUCUGGAUUUGAAGUUUCUGUAUCAGUGUAAUGACGUUUGGUAUAUAGAAACCAGGCAUUUGAAGUUCACUAACAGGAAAAGAAAUGCAUUUCUGGUUCUGGUCUGCUUGCUUAGCACCACCCAAAUGGAACCUGUAAAAACACUCCAGGAUUUUACUGUCAGCCGAAUUUACUAAGCCAGAGUUACAAGAUGCAACUUUUACCCUAAUUAUAGCUACAAUGAGGCUGUAUUGGUUAGCCCUAGUUUGAAGUUUCUUGGAGCAGUUGGAGUCAACAGUUGGAAGUGGUUCAGACUCUGCCUCCUGAUCGAGUGGCAAGCCAGUUGUAGCAAGUGUAAACUCUACAAGUCUACACAUUUAACUCUUAAUGUAUGGCUGUUGACAGAAUCUAUUCAUCUGAGUUGCUGGCCUGGAAUGAUAUUUGUGAAAAUGUCAAUGUAAGACGUAUAUAAGGAAAUCUUGUGUGACAGUUGUGACAUUAGAGUAGCUCACUCUAUAAAUGGAGGACUAAUUGGGUUGUGGCAGGAAGACGAGUUCCUGAACAACAUAAAUUUGUAAAACUACCACAACCACACAAACAAGAAAAAAAGCUGGGUUGCAGUUGCCAAAGGCCGGAACCAACCGGGUGUAAUCUCUGUGUUUGUUUGGAUGUUGCUGUCUCCAAGUAACUGGGAAGCACUUGUUUUUGUGCAAGUUUGGUCUUAUAAACAAAUUUAGGUUGAGCAAUGUGUGAUCUCUAAUCAUUAGUGUGUAGUCCCCAAUUUUUCAGUUGCCAUAGUCUAUAAUAAUUAAUCAGAAACUAUGUGAUACACAGUCUUAUUAUUAUCUGUUAGGAUCUUAAGUAUUGCAUUGUGUAUCCAUGAUUUGAAAGCAAUUGGCUUGCUUCAUAAAUAGGAGAUUGAGUUUAUGUUUUAAGUCUUAUUAGUCCACAAAAGUUUGUGGACUCCUUCCCUUCACAUCAAUAUGUGCUUUUUGAACAUGCCAUUGCAGAUUUAGUUCCCCUUUUGCUGUUAUACUAACCUCCACUCUUCUGGGAAGGCUUUCACCUAGAUUUUGUAGCGUGGUUGUGGAGAUUUGUCCAUUCAACCACAAGAGCAUUAGUGAGGUCGGGCACUGGGACACAGUCAAUCAUGUUCCAUUUCAUCCCAAAGGUGUUCAGUGGGGCUGAGGUCAGGGCUCUUUGCAGGAAACUUGAGGUCUUCCACUCCAGCCUUCGCAAACCAUGUCUUCAUGUAGCUCAGUUUGUGCACAGGGACAUUGCCAUGCUGUGAUGUACUGGUGUCCCAUCCAGGGUUUAUUCCUGCCUCGUGCCCAGUGUUCACAGCAAGAAAAGGCCUUGAUAUAUGAAAUAAUGCUACAAUUGUGCUAAAUGCUAAAUGAUAAUGCUUCAUUAUCUCUAGGGACACAUCCAUUAUUCCAGUUUCUAGUCUCUAUUCCUCUUCUGCUUCAGUGGAAACCACAUCUGUCCUCUUACUGCCUUGUUUGGAACUUGAGCAAUUUAGCACACAAGGUAUAUCUUAAACUGUAAGCUGCUGGCAGAAAUAACUAACCUGUUAUAUAAAUAAUCAUAUUUAUUCUAUAAAGCAAGAACAUAUGGCUUCCAAUAGCCCUAAUGAGGAGAGAAAUUCCAUUCCACUCAGAUCUAUUUGUGUGGCACUAGCCAUCCUCUCCCAUCACGGGUGUGUUUUGUUUUGAUCCGUCAUUAUUAUAGCAUGCACUUUCCAGUGAAAGAAAAUGAGAGGGCAGAUGCAGUCGUCUUUGACACCAUGAUAGUAUCCAAGAUGCUAGGUGGGGAGACCACAGCAGAAGUGGUCACACAGCACCACAAGAGAGCUCGUCACACAACUGCAAACAAGCAUGGUGAACUCGUGCUAUACUGGAGAUGAUUACAGUUUACUCUUACAGUGGGGCAGCCACCAACACCAAAACAAGCAGCAUGCAAAAACAGGGAAAGUGGAAUACUAUGAUAUAAAAAUGGAUGCUAAAUUUACCCAGGCUCCCAAGGAAUCUCAUUAGCAAUCAUUACACAAUGAUGAACCUCUGUUUGAUAUGCGGGUCAGAGUCAUGUUGACAACUUGGUAGAAACAUCUGGUUAUUUGGCACAUACAAGGUUCCAUUUACCAUCCUAAAGGAAUAAUUUGUUUGUGUUUCUGGGAGACCACUUAAAGAUUGUACGUAGAGCCUAUAACAGAGAGUUUUCCUUCAGGAAGAUAAGAACUCUAACCUAAAGGACCAUUGAAGAAUCUUUUUUUUAACAGUAUAAAACCAAACAUUUGCAUUGGAAGACAGAAAAGUAAUUGUUGAAGGGGGGCACAUAAUAAAAUCAGGUAAAGCACCAUGGACUGCUCCAUACUGCAGUGAACAUGUUUUCUACCACUCUUGCCCCUUUUCUUUAUCAUAACCUAAAAAAACAAAAACAUCUACACCGAUCAAACCCAAUAAAAUACAACAAGAGACAGAGGUUCUUUCCUUAAUAGUAGGCUUGGACGCCAUGACUUCAAAUACCCGUAGCACAGCAAUCCAAACUGCACGGCUGACAGCAUCUUAGGAAUUACUGGAAGCUGGUAAGGAUCUGGACAGUAUUCUUAGCUCCUGCACGGUACACUCAAAUAUACUGUCAGUUAUAGAGAAACACCCAACUUUGUAUUCUUGCUUCUGUUCUGGAUACAGCAAAAAGGCAGUCUGCAGUCAAGGAAUUAACGAUCCUUUAAUUCAGUUCAAAUCAAAAGGUGUUAGAGGGCCGAAAACGGGAAGCAAGGCAGAAGCAUUCUUUCAAAAUGCAGCAUAAGUACAUCACUGGCAUUCGCAGACUGACCUCAAGAGCCAUGAACCUCCUCUAACCUCUAUUUAUCACCAAGCCAAAAAUGGCUUAAACAGACAGCGCAUCUUUCUCUUGUCUGUGCCUUUUCUCUCGGGAGCCAGUAGUGAGCCCUGUGGUAUACCAUGUCAGCUCUGUAGGAUAAACACACACCAUAUGAGCAGAGCCCCACCAAAAUCAACCUGCCCUCCUGGAAUGUGAUAACUGUAAAUUAAAUCAGUAUGAGGAUUUUAAAAAGAGUGUGAGGAUGAAUGAUUUUUUUUUUUAGGUGACAGAAGAAUAUGUGUGUGUGCCUGAUUGCAAGAAACGUGUUUAGGUUACUGUGUCAAUACAUGUGUGAAAACAGGAGGCAGGGGCCCACUGCUGGUCUAGUGUUAAAUGGAUUCGACCUUUUCCUGCCAAUCUUCAUCAUUCACCUUUCUGGGGCGUCAAAAAUCAUGGUAACUGGUGAACACACUGACAGUGUUGACAAAAGGGUCAUCCAAACAUAGACGCAGAGUCAUUUAGUGGUUGCCUCCUAUUUACUGAAUAGCAUACUCUUCUGUUAUUCAUUUGGCCAAGCUACAGCUGUGCAUUUUAGAAAAAAUAUCAGCAGUCCAUGAAAAUUUGAAAAUUGGUUCACAAAAUAGUUAGAGUAAUGUCAGAGUAAUGUCAUAAAAUGAUAUAAAAUGAUAGGGAAUAUUAUUGCAUCAGACAUAUCACAAGAUUUAGAGGUUAACAUGCAUGUGUGGAUUAUACAGAUAGUGAAUAACUUAUCACUGGUACAGAUUCAUUCAUUCAUCUUCAUUAACUCCUUUAUCCUGGUCAGUAGAUCCGGAUUCUAUUCUGGAAAGACUGAGCCUGAGGCGUGAAUACACUCUAGACACCCUACUCACUGGUACAGAUACUAUACUUUAUUAUUGCUUAAUUGAAGCCCCUAGAUUGCCUCUCUGAUAAUAGCAUGUAAUAUAUUCAGAAUAUCUCAGAACAAUGGUUCCUUUUCUUAACAAAAGCCAAUCAAGGACAACUAUUAGAAGCAUGGAACUGUAUACAUACACUAUAUGUCCAAAAGUCUGUGGACACCUGACCAUCACACCCAUAUGUGGGCCUUCUCCAAACUGUUGCCACAAUGUUGUAAGCACACAACUGUAUAGAAUGUCUUUGUAUGCUGUAGCUUUACUCUCCCUUCACUGGAACUAAGAAGCCCAAACCUGUUCCAGUAUAACAGUGUCCCUGUGCACAAACUGAGGUCCAAGAAGACAGCAUGACAUUGUCGUGCUGGAACAGGUUUGGGCUUCUUAGUUUCCACUGAAGCGAAAAUGUAAAGCUACAGCAUACAAAGACAUGGUUUGGGAAGGCUGGAGUGGAAGACAAGGCCAUGGUUGAAAGUUGGUUAAAAAUAAUUUCUUAUGUGACACAUUACAUUCAACGUAAACGUAUUUCCUUUAUUUAUAUGCAUUUAUUUAAUCAUGAUUUUCUAAAGCUUUUUUUUUUUUUUUUUUGUAUACCCAUGUUUUUGUUACAAAGUGAAUGAAUUGUCCUAUCCAGCUGCAUUAGGAUAACAGAGUAACUAAUUUGUCCAAACAUGAGUCAGCACCUAGCAAAGGCAUAUUGGUGAAUCUAUUGAUUUGGAUCUCUGCUAUCUGCCUUAGGGACCAAAGCUGAAACAUCAGCAUAACUGAAAAGGUCAAAAUGUACAGAGCUUAGAUGCUGACCAAAGUAUUUGAAUAUAAAUUUCAAGUAUUGAAUCAUAUACAUGUCACAUUAAAUAAACUUUGCUCUUUUCCUGUGCUGUAUUUAAUAAGUAUACAUUUUUGCCAAUGUUUUAAAACAUCUAAUUUGAAAUUACAGGGUAUGGUUUUGAGAUAAAAAAAAAAAAAUCACAAGCUUACAUACAAAUCUCAAAAAUUCACAUUUCAAAAAUACAGAUUUUGUCUAAUACAGAUUUUUUUUCCUAUUAAGCAGCUAUCUUUGACUGUUAGCUGAUAACGGUUGCCAGCAAGCUAACAUUAGCUUAGCCCAACUAUCUAGCUGCACUUAAACGGUUAUACUGGGUAUGUACUAAUCAUUGAAGGUUUAACAUCACUGUAGAAAAGUAGCUAUUUUAUUUAUUUGUUUGACUACUUUGCUCUGGGAAUCCGGUACAACCUUUGGUGUAAUGUACAUAAAACCAUUGGCAAAAUGUACAUUUACUAGAGACACUCAUGUAAUUCAAGUAUAUGCGAUUCAUUUUCAAAUUUUUUUUGUCAGCUUCUAAGCUCCAUAAAAAUUACAAGGCAGAAUUCCUCAUUUGUGGACAUAAAUGGGAGUCACAUAACUGUAAUUUUGUGUCAAUAUUGCUAACUAAACAAGUCAAACAAAUCAAUACAAUAUAAUACAAUACAACAAACAAUGAUUUGUUGCUUUCAACCUUAACUUACGACAUUAGAUAAUUAGAUAGAUCUGCCUUUGAACCAAACCUCCUGUGUGUCAAGGAAGGUCAGAGGUCAUGUAAGACCCGCCAUCUGCUUUUCUCCUUUAGAUGAGCCAGAGAAAGAUUUUUCUCUUUCUCUUCCCCUCUUAACCUGAGUUGCACUUUUGCAGUCUGUUCUGAGGGAAAUUGUUUUUGGCAAAGUGUAAAAAAUCGUUCAAUAAUUGGCAGGUGUAAAAUCCCAUUCCACAUCGCAUUGCACAAUGUUAGAAUUUGUGCUUAAUAUGUUCAACAUGAGUAGCAGAGACGCUCACAAAGGGAGUCUUGAGUUACUGACGGCACCCCUCUCUGUCUCCCCAGACCUCCGUUUUAUCGUGAUAAGGUAAUUGCCCUGUGGCCCUUGAGGAGAUGAUGUGGCGACACUUAUCUGAUUUUUGUCCUAAUGCAUGUGUAGUCAAAUGGUGUGGACGUGACAUCUCCAAAAGAGCUUUGUUUGAUAAACUCAUCUGAUUUGCAUUGACGUUUCCUGAAUUCACAAGUCUGGUAUUUGCUUAGUCAUGCUAGUCAAGUUAUACAGAGUAGAGUCUGGAUUUGAGCAUGCAUGUGUGGAUGUGUCAGUGUGUGUGUGUCUGAGGAAGACACUGGACAGGAAAGGAGUUCCUCUGGGUGUUCCAUGAUCCCCAGCCCACUUCCGCUAUUGAGCUGGGCUGGGGAAUGUGCUUGCUGAGGAUUAGGGAUGGUUAUGGGAGGAGUGGGGGUUAGUGGGAAGUGCAAACUGUGAAAGGGUCACUUCCUUUCGUCCUGCUCUCUUCCCAUACUGGCUAAUAUACACAUGCACGCUGUUAUAUGCUGAGGUCAGUAUACAGAAGAGGAUGGGACAGAGAGAGAGAAGGCACAAAAGCCUGAGAGAGAGGGAGGGAGGGAUAGAGAGUAGAAGAAGGAGGGAGUAAUGUCAACAGCUCCAGUCCCUGAAAUGCAGGCUCUGGCAUAGUAGCUCAGAGAGAAGUGGCAGCUCAGGCUGGAUCAGGAAUAUCAUUUUGUUUUCAAGUACUUUCGAUAUUCACUAGUUAGCAGAGGUGGAUCUCAACAAAAGGAGGGAUUCAGUCAAGUAAGAUCAGUAGCGUAGGAACUUUUUUCAGUUGCUCUGGGUAUAUAUGAAGAUUGCAAGAUGAAAGAUCUUCAGGGGUUGCUUUCUAGAAGGGACCAUGCAGCCUAGAUAGCAGACUUGGCUUGUUUGGCCCAUCCAGCGCGGAGAGGAUGCCUCCCCGGAAGCGCACGCGGCCCGGCCUGGGCCUUCUGUGCUGCUUCGGCAGCAGCGAGCCCCCUGAGAUUAACCUGAAGGACAGUGUUCCCCUGCAGCUGCUCGAGUUCAGCGCCCCAAUGCCCCCGGAGGAGGAACUGAAUGCCCGCUUUUCUGAACUGGUGGAUGAACUGGAUCUCACCGACAAGAACAGAGAGGCCAUGUUUGCCCUGCCUGCUGAGAAGAAAUGGCAGAUCUACUGCAGCAAGAAGAAGGAGCAAGAGGAUCCCAACAAGCUCGCUACCAGCUGGCCUGACUACUACAUAGACCGCAUCAACUCCAUGGCUGCUAUGCAGACCCUUUUUGCAUUUGACGAGGAGGAGAUGGAGAUGAGGAAUAAAGUGGUUGAAGAUCUGAAAACAGCACUUCGCACUCAACCCAUGAGGUUUGUGACGCGCUUCAUCGAACUGGACGGCCUCACGUGUCUGCUGAACUUCCUGAAGAGCAUGGACUAUGAGACAUCAGAGAGCCGCAUCCACACUUCCAUCAUCGGCUGCAUCAAAGCUCUGAUGAACAACUCUCAGGGCCGAGCGCAUGUCCUGGCUCAUCCGCAGAGCAUCGACACCAUCUCCCAGAGCCUGCGCCAGGACAACAUCAAGACCAAGGUGGCCGUGCUGGAGAUCCUGGGUGCUCUCUGCCUGGUACCUGACGGCCAUAAGAAAGUGCUGCAGGCUAUGGCGCACUAUCAGAAGUACGCCGCUGAGAGGACACGCUUCCAGACUCUUCUGCAUGAGUUGGACAGGAGCACAGGCCGCUACAGGGACGAGGUCAACCUGAAGACUGCCAUCAUGUCUUUCAUCAACGCUGUGCUAAAUGCGGGACCUGGAGAGGACAACCUUGAGUUUCGUCUUCAUCUAAGGUACGAAUUCUUAAUGUUGGGGAUCCAGCCAGUCAUCGACAAGCUUAGAGGUCAUGAGAACGCAACUCUCGACAGACAUUUGGACUUUUUCGAGAUGGUGAGAAAUGAAGAUGACAGUGAACUGGCUAAACGCUUCGACAUGACGCAUGUGGAUACAAAGAGCGCCAGCCAGAUGUUUGAGCUGAUUAAGAAGAAGCUGAGCCACACAGAUGCCUAUCCUCAUCUUCUAUCUAUUCUCCAGCACUGCCUCCAGAUGCCAUAUAAACGUGGAGCAGGCAGUGUACAGCAGUGGCAGCUUCUAGACCGAAUCCUUCAACAGAUUGUUCUGCAGGACGAGAAAGGGGAAGACCCAGAUGUUUCUCCUUUGGACAAUUUCAAUGUCAGGAACAUAAUUAGAAUGCUUGUCAAUGAGAACGAGGUGAAACAAUGGCGAGACCAGGCCGAGAAAUUCAGGAAAGAGCAUACAGAACUCAUGGCCCGUCUUGAGAGGAAGGAGAGAGAGUGUGAGAUCAAAACGCAAGAGAAAGAAGACAUGAUGAAGACUCUGAAUAAAAUGAAAGACAAGCUACAGAGAGAAGGAGUAGAGCUGCGCUCUGCCAGGGAGCAAGUUUUAGACCUGUCUUCUCGGAUUAGCGAUAUUUCAAAUGGAAGUAUGGCGUUCCCUCCUCCUCCUCCUCCACCUGGAGGUCCAAUGCCUCCUCCUCCUCCUCCAAUAAUGACCGGUUUCCCUCCGCCUCCACCUCCACUCCCCUUCUGCCCAGCCCCUCCUCCACCACCACCUCCUCCAGGGGCUCCCCCUCCUCCUCCUGGAGCUCCACCCAUCUUCUCCGGUGCUCCACUCCCACCGGCGCCCGCUUCCUUCAGCAGCAGCACGAGCCUGCGCAGCAAGAGCAUCCCACAGCCAUCACACCCACUCAAGUCUUUCAACUGGGCCAAGCUGGGCGAGAACAAGAUCACUGGUACCAUUUGGCACGACAUCGAUGACCUCCGGGCUUUCAAAGUUCUUGACCUGAAAGAUAUUGAGAAGAUGUUUUCAGCUUAUCAGAGGCAGCAAGAGCUGCUCACUAACCAAUCCUUCAAGCAGAAGGAGACUGGCUCAAUGGAUGACUUGUAUCUAAGCUCAAGGAAAGUGAAGGAGCUGUCCGUCAUCGAUGGGCGGCGGGCACAGAACUGUGUUAUCUUACUCUCCAAGUUGAAAAUGAGCAAUGAGGAGAUCAAGAGAGCCAUUCUGGAAAUGGACGAGAGAGAGGAGCUGGCUAAAGAUAUGUUAGAGCAGCUGUUAAAGUUUGUUCCUGAAAAGAGUGACAUUGACCUUCUGGAGGAACACAAGCAUGAGCUGGAUCGCAUGGCACGCGCUGACCGCUUCCUCUACGACAUGAGCAGGAUUGAUCACUACCAGCAGAGGCUCCAGUCGCUGUUCUUCAAAAAGAAGUUUGCAGAACGACUUGCAGAGACCAAGCCAAAGGUGGAGGCUAUUGUGUGUGCGUCCCGUGAGGUGAUGAGGAGUAAACGUCUGACUCAGAUUUUGGAGGUGGUCCUGGCCUUUGGGAACUUCCUGAACAAAGGCCAGAGAGGGAAUGCCUAUGGCUUCAAAGUUUCCAGCCUAAACAAGAUUGUAGACACCAAGUCAAGCAUAGACAGAAACAUCACCAUGUUGCACUACCUGAUCAUGAUUUUUGAGAAGAACUAUCCCGACACCCUCAACGUCCAGCGGGAUCUGCUCAGUGUACCAGAGGCAGCAAAAGUCAAUCUGGCUGAACUGGAGAAGGACGUCUACAGUAUAAAGAGUGGACUGAAGGCUCUGGAAGCAGAGCUGCAGUAUCAGCAGAGCCGGCCACGUGACCGAGGGGACAAGUUCAUCCCUGUGGUCAGUGACUUCAUCACGGUGGCUAGUUUCAGCUUCUCUGAGGUGGAAGAUCUGCUGAACGAGGCAAAGGAGAAGUUUGCCAAGUCUCUGAAGCACUUUGGAGAGGAGCAGGUGCACAUGCAGCCAGAUGAGUUCUUUGGGAUCUUCGACACCUUCCUGCAAUCGUUCAAUGAGGCUCGGCAAGACCUGGAGAACAUGCAGCGUCGCAAAGAGGAGGAAGAGAAGCGAGCACGCAUGGAGGCCAUGCUGAAGGACCAGAGGGAGAGAGAGAGGAGGGCAAAGAAGAGCGCAGGAGGGGGCGUGUCCGAGGAAGUGGGCGAGUUCGAUGACCUGGUGUCAGCCCUUCGCUCAGGAGAAGUGUUUGAUAAGGACCUGUCGAAGCUAAAACGCAACCGCAAGCGCUCCGUCAACCAGCUCGUGGAAAGCGGUGGGCGCGAAAGACCCGUCACCAAGGUCAACUAUUGAUAUUGACUUCUGGAAAACUUUAAUUCACUGACUUGCAUACUGUACGUGAAGGAAAAAUCCUAACUGCCAUCUGCCUCCCUAUUCACCCAAACAUCCUAACCCGUGAUGGCUUGCAUCCUAAAGGCAGACAGAUUCAUAGGCCUUGGUGGACAGUUCUCGGGUGUUGGAAAUUCUUACAGCACUGUGCUCAGUAAAUAGGCUUUCUCUAACCUUGUUCUUAUCCCACAUCCUACAUGGUCUUCCUCCUCCCAUAGUCAAUGUUUCAUUUCUCCAAGCCAACUCAAAGUGUAACCUCAAACUGCCAAGCACCAUGAGAUUUCCCAUGUACCUGAGUGCACAAGCUUGGGUCUAGCUCAUAAUAUUCUCAAUACAGAGAAGACCAAGAUGGCAGGUCAGGACCUAGUACUAUAACCAAUAGAGCAGGUUCAGUUUGGAAAAAAUUUGGACAGAAUAUUGGGGCAUUCAUGCAGCCACUUCUCGAAAAACCGUUGGAAGACACUGCCAUCUACGUUAGGUGCUGAUACCCCAUGUGCCUCUCUCUCCACCUACUAUAUUUCUCUGGUGCUUUGACUAAGAGGACCAUUGGUGAAUAUGGGAACUAAAAGAGAGAGAGAGAGAGAGAAAGAGAGAGAAAGAGACCCAUAUCUGCAGCUCUUAACACAGCUAAGUGAUGGGUCCAACUAAUGUUUUUUCCAAAACUUAGACAACUUCAAACAUGGAGACAAGUGGAGAAAAAUGAAGGAGAUGAACCCUUUAAUGUCGGGAUGGCCAGCUAGGAAAACAGGACACUGUGGUCUCAGUUGUGUCGGCUGUGAUACCCUUAACCCAAGUGCCUCCCCAUACCGAUGGCAUUCCCAAGGACGACACGGGAGACAAGUCGGAAAUGCCGAGAAAGCACAGCACUUCUAGGAAAAGACACCGCGAAGAACCGAAAUGCUCUGAGAUAAGGACGAUGCUGUAGGCACGCCUCAUUGGCAAGUAAAAAGAUUUUCCAAGGAUUGUGGUGGCAUUACCUGGUGCCAAAGCAAAAAUCAGGAAAGUAAAUAUGUAGUAGACAAUAAUAAAUGCAAGUAGAAUGGCAUUUAUAUAUUUAUUUAUACGAAAAAAGGCAAACAUGCUAAUUUCAAAACCUUUUUUUAAUUCUUCAUAUUUUCUAGUUUGUACUUCUAAUACUUUUCAUUUGAUAGGUAUUUACUUCAUAUAUUAAAAAAAAAAAAGAUCCAUGAUCCAAAUCUGUGAUGCCCCAUCACUAGUGAAGCUUGUUAACCUAAAUCACCAAAGUAGUGCACUUCUCACAUUGUGACGACAAUUCAAAAGCUAAAGAUGGUUUGUUUGGUCAAAAUGGUUUACAGUGCCACUGCAGAUACUCUUCUUCUUGGAAACCAGUCAAGUCUUACUUAAAUGAGCUCAAGAUCUACAUGCAGCCCACUUGGUGUUUCUUGUUUCAUCUAAUUUUUGCUUAUAUUGUUUUUCAUGUUAUGUAUAUUAAGUGUUGUAGUUGUACAGAUCACGUGGGCAGUGUUGCAUUUUGGAUGAACAAGGCUCCCAAGAAUAAGAGAGAUGAAGGACGGGGAAGUCUAAAAAAAAUUACUGAUAAAGGUUACGGUAAAGUCCUUGGUGACAAAAGUAAGAUUGAAGUGUGAAAAUCAGGAGGAUAUUCUGUAUAAAGUGUGGUUUUUAUCUUUGUGGUACUUGAGCUCGUGGGAUGGAGUAUGAAGAAAUUUGAUUAAGUGGUGCCUAGCUGGUUGAAAGAAGCCCAAAUUGAGAGGUUUAGCUUUAUCCUGAAGUGGUUUGUGUUUGCACCUUGUGUGUGUAUGUAUGUGUUUCUUUUUCUCCAGUCUACCACAUCCAGCCAUAUGGGAGAACCAUAGUAAGAAGCUCAGAAGGUCAUGUGUGUCUUCUAAGAGAUUUGCCGCUAAUCUUUGUCUGGUUCAGGUCUAUGUUGUUGAGCAAGUGCAUGGCCAUGGUCUCUGUGCUACUUUGUGCCAGCAGGACACUUAGGUCCAAAAGGUGGACUUGGCACCCUUACAGUGAGUUCUCAUCAUUCUUUACAGAGGGACAGGUUUCCUCCUUAACCCAAAUGCUAAGUGUACACCAAAAGUACUAAGAGUCCAGUCUAACUGAUCUGAGCUAAUCAACACUGCCUUAUUUAAUACUUUAAUGUGAGCGAAUUAGCUAACAUUAAUUAGCUCUUACGAGAUAGCUUUGAGGGCUGGAGUGCAUCCAACUCUUGAUUUACCCAGUGUGUGCCAAUAAUUACCAACACUAAAGCUUAGGUUCGUGUGGUGUAAUGUAUUACAGUAAUUCUGUUAACGAACCUGUAUUUCUGAAGCUAGCACAAGGUCUGUUGCUGUUCAGAGCCAUUUGGUUUUCCCUCCUUUUCCUUCAACUCAGUGGUGAGAGGUCAUUUCUCCUUUAAAGCAACACUAUAAAAACACAGUAUGCCAAACAGAAAAAGACACUUUGACACUUUGGAAUGACUCUCACAUUGGAAAUAUGUGCUAAAAAUAUGAUGUCAAUGAAGGCGAAGGAGAUUGUGCCAACUGAGAAUAGAUGUUUAUCAGAAAAGAAAAGAAAAAGCUAUAAGCUUUCUUUUUCAGUCUAAUACCAUGUAGGUAUUCAAACCAUCAGUAUUAUUAUUAUUUUGUUUUGUUUUGUAUGUAUAUUUGGUCAUUGACUGGCCGAACACAACGGAAAGAAUAAUAAAUGUAGCUUGUUGCUUGAUGCACUUUUUGAAAGACGGCCUUUUGCUACCCCCUCAAUAUUUACACUCAUUUAGCUCAUCGUUAUAUUAAGAAAGCGAGACACGAAGCAGCUUAAGCAAGGACAAAAGAAGAGUACUGGAGUUGUGUGUGUCUUUAUAGGUAAUGAAAUUUGGCCCUUCUCAACUAUUAUAAAAGGCUGGGUCCUACACUGGAGCAGAACGCUCUGUAGAGGCAAACUGAUUUGACCCUGGUAUGUGGUUACGUUCACAAAAGGACAGGCAGGACCGUUUAGCCUCCCUUAAAAUAUGUUUGGUUUGGGUCUGGUAACAGUCAUAAGGUGAUGAAUACAUAGGGAAUGUAGUUCUUUCAAAUUUAACUUAACUCUAACAAAGAGCAUCGAUUUCCACUGCCUCAAUGUGCAUCACUCCAUUUUUGUAUCCUUUUAUAUCUUUGUAUUGUUGCCUUUCACCUUUAUGCACUACUUUAGGUAAAAAGUGGUGCACAAGUAUGAUCCUUUGCUAUAGAAGAUGUAUAUUAUGGGUAAGUAAUUACCCCAGGUAAGAAUACACCAGUUACGCGCCCUUUGUAUCAUCUAGCUGCAGGUUGUAUAUUGUGCAGAGCAAGUAUUUUAAAAGGAUGACUUGAUAUCUUGGAUGACUUCACCUGAAAGAUGUAUAGUUCUAAAAUUUUUGUACGUCGUUAUAGUUGAAGGGGGGAAAAGCGAAAAAGGAAAAAUAUGUUGAGGAAUGUUCCAUUUUUUUUCCUGUAAAUUGAGUCUAUUUAUUUGCCUUAUUUAGUUUGCUAUAUUUUGUAUGUAUACGCAACAUUACAGCAAAAAUGUUACAUGAGAAGUAUAAAUAUGAGUAACUAUACUGUGGUCUUUGUAUGUCAGAUUCUCGAGUAUAAAUAGCUUUCAGUUUUUUUUUAUGUUUUUGUUUUUUUGCUCGCCAUGCAUCCUUUUGUAGGGUAAAAUAAACCUGUUUCCCUGA